UGCGCCUGCGCCCCGCGCCGGAGACCUGGGGUUGGGCAGCGCCCAGUUCCGUGCAACUUUCAAGUGAGUUGCAAACUCCGCCCCGAAGCCGGUGCCGGUGGCCCGGUGCACUGAGGUCCCGGGGACCCGCACGAAGCGCAGGCUGCAACCAGCCACCUCUGGCCCGGGACCCACAGCGCCCCUGGCAAGGGCCGAACGCUUCGUUCUCCGGAGCAGGAAGUGCGGGUCAGAGCUGUAACUGCCAAAGCGGCGCGGUGGGGCGGAAGAGCGCGCUGGCGGGUACCGGCUCCCGAGUCGGUCCUGCCUGCCCCGGCCCGCUCAUCUCCCCUUUCUUCAGGCUCUCCGCGCCGCGGAGUUAGUGCGGGCUCCGCCUCCACAAGGGGCAAUCCUAGCGCCCCUGUGGUUCCUACACCCCCACCGUGGCGUGAGCGUCCCUCUGGUCGUCUUCCUGGAGGGAUCUCCCUUCGCUCCCAAGGCUGCAGAAUGGUGUCCUGGAUGAUCUGUCGCCUGGUGGUGCUGGUGUUUGGGAUGCUGUACCCAGCUUAUGCUUCCUACAAGGCUGUGAAGACCAAGAACAUUCGUGAAUAUGUCCGAUGGAUGAUGUACUGGAUCGUCUUUGCACUCUUCAUGGCGGUGGAGACCUUCACGGACAUCUUUAUUUCCUGGUUCCCUUUCUACUACGAGAUCAAGAUGGCGUUUGUGCUGUGGCUGCUUUCGCCCUACACCAGGGGGGCCAGCAUGCUUUACCGAAAGUUUGUCCACCCAUCCUUGUCUCGCCAUGAGAAGGAAAUCGACACCUACAUAGUGCAGGCCAAGGAGCGCAGCUACGAGACGGUGCUCAGCUUCGGGAAGCGGGGCCUCAACAUUGCUGCCUCUGCUGCUGUGCAGGCCGCCGCUAAGAGUCAGGGUGCACUGGCCGGGAGGCUGCGGAGCUUCUCCAUGCAGGACCUGCGAACCAUCCCGGAUGGCCCCGCCCCCACCUACCAGGAUCCCCUCUACCUGGAGGACCAGGUACCCCGCCGCAGGCCACCCAUCGGUGAGUGGGCAGAGGGACCCGGAACUGUGCCCCCCAGAGAGAGGGAUGGCGUCUUCCCCCAGGGCCGGGGGAAAGCUGGGUCAGCCGGCCCUCAGACUGUGUCAAUGCCUAGCUUUGCCUCCCGGCUCCUUCUCCUCCACACAGGGUACGGGGCAGGGGGCCUGCGAGACAGUGACACCGAUAAUGAGUGUUGGUCUGACACAGAAGUGGUCCCCCAGCCACCAGCCCGGCCCCGAGAGAAGCCGCUGGGCCGUAGCCAGAGCCUGCGUGUGGUCAAGAGGAAGCCUCUGGCCCGGGAGGGCACCUCGCGCUCCCUGAAGGUUCGGACAAGGAAAAAGACCGCACCCUCAGACAUGGACAGCUAGGGUCUGCAGAGCCAGGCUGGGUCUUACCUCCUGCUCUGCGGGGCGCUGGGGCCCUUCCGAGGGGCUUCUGGCUGUGCCCGCAGCCCUCCUGGCCCUCCUGGCUCUUGCUGACGGUUCCUGGCCACGUGCAGGGCCGCGCCCACGAUGUACCAAAGCAGGCUGGGCUUACGGUUCUAUUUAUUGCCUUCCUCGCCCCCUACCUUCCCAGGUGUGGGACCAGAGCCCUCCCCAGGCCCCUGGAAAACGAAACCCAAAGGUCACCCAGCUGCAUUCCUUCCUUCCUGUCCUUCAAAGUACUUGACAGCCUUCUCCAAGGCCUGUGUGUGUGUGGGGGGCUGGGGGGCGGUGACGAUUGUACGGUUUGUGUUGGUGAAUGAGGCUGGGUUUGUGGAAGUUUUGAUAAAUAACUUCAUAAAAGUG